UGUGGGAUUGUUACAUGUAGCUAUGGGGAUGAUGGUCGAAUUCAAGGAUGGAGGUGGAAGGAUUGCAUACAGUUCGACAUGCCUAUUCAUUUGCAAGGAGACCAAGUGAAGCCAGUACUUGACCUGGUGAAUCCUCAACGUAAGGGUCCUUGGGGGGCUUUACCUCUAAUUCCGGAAAACAAUGCUCUUGCUGUUAGCAAUCAAGGAGGAUCCAUUUUCUCUGCUGCUGGUGAUUCUUGUGUCUAUUGCUGGGACGUGGAAACAGGUCAAGUCAAUAUGAUUUUUAAGGGGCACUCAGAUUACUUGCAUUCAAUAGUUGCCCGAAACUCUGCAAAUCAGAUUGGAAAAGUGGAAAGUCAGUUCAAGUGAUUGAUCCAUUAAAGAAUAAUAAAUUGAAAGGGUCGUGUGUCAGUUGCAUUGCUCUUGAUGCAAGUGAAAGCUGGUUGGCUUGUGGUAGUGGUCGGAGUUUAUCAGUUUGGAACCUUCCUGCUUCUGAAUGCAUUUCAAGGACUUCAACUCGUGCAUAUGUACAUGAUGGUAGUAUUUGAUGAAAAUCAAAUAUUAGCAGUUGGAGCAGAGCCUCUACUUAGCGGUUUUGACAUAAAUGAGGCGAUUCUUUCACAAAUGCAAUGUGCUUCCCAGUCAGCCUUUUCUGUCUCAUUACAUGCAUCUGGGGUCAUGAAUGAAGAUAUUGGGAAGCAGAUUAAGCAACUAUAAACCUACAAGGUGCAGGACAUUGAUUUACUUGACUAGAAUUGUUGAACUGUAAUUUGUCAUACUUUAUAAAUUUGUUUGCAUAUGGUGUAUUUUGAUUCAGUUAAUAUUGCAUUUGGUGGUGUAUUUUGAGGGGUGUACAAUUGGAGAAAGCUUCCUUUUAUUAUUAAUUAAAUUUUUUUUUUUUGGGUUU